UUCUCUGUUUGAAUCUAUUGCCUUUUUUCCUCACACAGUACAUGCCUUUGUAAUAUUUAAAUGUACUCAUAACAAUGUGUGUUUAGCAUUACAGGCUGCUUGAAACAGAAUAGUUACACAUCAACUUCUUUCUAUUUCUACCUUAUAACAUUUUAGCAGCUGUUAAAAAAAUUGCUCAGUAUUUUUUUUUCUUCUUAAUGAAGUCUGUUUCAUCUUAAACUUAAUUUCUUCUGAUGUGAAAAAAGGUUUUGUUUUUGUGUGUCUGCUUAAAUAGUUCUUUAGAUAAACAGCCAAAGAACGAUAAAAAAAUUAAUAAUGAGGAAAUACUGAAGAUUAAAGGGCAUGUUUCAUUUUCCUACAUUUCCCAUGUUUCCCUGGAACAGUCGCUAUUUCUACGUCAUAUGUUUUCCUCCGUCACGCGGCAGAGCCGUUGGAAGGACUACCCGGAGCAGCAGCGCUGUCAUGGCAGAUGAAGAGGAGUCGGCGCCGGAGCCCGCCGCUGUCUCUCCCCCGGGCAGCCCUCACACGGGCCGGCCUCUCUCCGUUUCUUUCUCCGAGAGCGUCCAGCCGGCCGUCGGGAUGAUGAGCCAACUGCUGUCCCAGCCGUCCUCCCUGAAGUUUGACAAAAACAUCAAGCAGGCCUUCUACAACACUGGGGCGAUGAUCUUCGUGGCUAUCUGCUGCGGGGCGGCUGUCCUGGUGUACUUCAUCCUGGAGGCCUUCCUCCGCCCGCUGCUCUGGGCAGUGCUCUGCGGCACCUUCCUCCACCCUUUCAAGCACUCCCUGGCUCGGCUCGGCCGCUCGUGGCUCAGCGGCCUGCAGGACACCGGGACGCCCAUCGUCGUGGGGACCCUGCUGGUCCCGGUGUGGUGCGUCAACUACGGGGUGGAGGAAAUGGGCAAGCUGGUACUAAAGAGGCUGACGGUGCUGCUGGUGAUCGGGGCGGGGGCGCCGCUGGCUUACUUCCUCUACCUCUUCUGGAGUGUCAUCGGCAUGCAGGUGAUCCUCGGACAUGUCUGCUGGGUCAUCGGGGUCCUGCUGGACUGUUUCCACGUUGUGUGGGUGUGCAGUGUCGUGUUUGGCUACUUGCUGGCCGUCUGUCUCAAGUGGAGUCCCCAGACUGAGUGCUACCUGAGAGCCAUGGCGCUUCCCGUCUGGGCUGUUCUGCUCUUCUACAUCGUUUCUCUGACCGGGUCGUGGAGGGUGCCGAUAUUUAUGGUGGUGGUGGCGCUCCUCAUUGUGGGCUCCCUGGAGAAACCCCCUGUUCCAGGAAAAGGAGAGCUGCCGGGACAGAUGCUCUCGCUGGCUGCCAACACGAUUUUCAUGGCCAUUUCCUGCAGCAACCUGCAGCCAAAAGCAGAGUCCAGUGAGGCUUCCAGCACAGUAGGUCCCGUGCCCCCCACGCCGGGCUUCCCUCGCCCCCUAAAGUCCAGCCUCCAGCUGAAAGAGAAAAGCAGUCGGAAGUCCAGCGACAUCUACUUCAUCUUGCUGGUCUGGGCCAUCGUGCUGGUCCAGAUGUGGCUCAACUUCUGGAUCCUCCAGCUGCUGCCCAUCCCUGUGGCUGUUUGGGUGUUGAAGAAGCUGAUGGUCCGCUUUGGUGUGAAGAGCUUCGCAGAGCGGACUCUGAGCUUGUGGUGGACCGUGUUGGAGAAGUUCGUAUGGGAACGCGAAGAGGCCUUGUUGCCUGGACCAAUCAAAGGCCUCGCUCAGUUCCUGCUGCGUGUUGACACCAAGCUCUGGCAUUGGCUUAACAAGCAGAUGAUCGUGUGGCUGGAGCGAUCGCUGGACAAAAUCAUCAGCAUCUUCAUCAUCUUCCUCCUGGUCACAGGGACUCUGCUCAUGGCUCUUCUGCUCACUGCUAUGGUUCAUCACGAAAGCGCUCACAUCGUUGAAGUUGCCAGUAACCUCAUCAACGAGACUCUUUCCAACCAUCCAGAAUGGGCUAAUUUGCUUCCAGAAGCUCGUGUCGUGCAGAAAGCUCUGAAUUCAGCUGCUACUAAUGUCUAUCAGCACGGGAGAGAAUGGAUAACACAGAAGCUUCAAAAGAUGUUGGGGGAUAAGGUGAACAACACAGCGAUGAUCGAGAAGCAGGUGUUGGAGCUUUGGGACCGACUUUACCACUCCUGGUUCGUGAAGGUGUGUGACACCAGCCGCCUGUUAAUCUGCAUGUUUUCGAUUCGUAUGUGGAAUUAUCAUCGGCUCGUUGCUGCAGAACGUGACCCACAGCGGGCGGCACCGCGUGCAGAAGAACAUGGCGCACAGACAGAACAGUUGGCUGGGGGACAUCCUGGACUGGAAGGACAUCGCCUCUUUCGUGCAGGAAAACAUCGAGACGCUGCUGUCUAUCCUGGAGUCUCUGUGGGUGGUGAUGAGCAGGAACGUCGGCCUCCUCUUCUCCACCACCACCACCCUCUUCACCGUGUUGUUCCACAGCGGCACGGCGCUGCUCAACUUUGCGCUGAGUCUGGUGAUUUUCCUCACCACUCUGUUCUACCUGCUGAGCUCCAGCGGCGAAUACUACAAACCCGUCAAAUGGGUCAUCAACCUGACGCCGCUCUCGCAGCCCGGACCCUCCUCCAACAUCAUCGGCCAGUCCGUGGAGGAGGCCAUCAGGUUUGCGUCGCGACUGCGAAUAAUAAUGAGACACGAAAGACCUUCCUUCACGUGGAUGACGGUCGAUGUUUGCGUUACAGAGGGGUGUUCGACGCCUCCUUCAAAAUGGCGGGCUUCUACGGCCUCUACACCUGGCUCACUCACACCAUCUUCGGCAUCAACAUCGUCUUCAUUCCCUCCGCUCUGGCCGCCAUCUUGGGCGCCGUGCCUUUCCUGGGGACGUACUGGGCGGCGGUGCCGGCUGUGUGCGACCUGUGGCUGGCUCAGGGCGAAGGGGUCAAGGCCGCGCUGCUGCUCAUCUGCCAUCUGCUCCCGACGUAUUUUGUGGACACGGCCAUCUAUUCGGAUAUAUCGGGGGGCGGCCAUCCGUACCUCACAGGCCUGGCAGUCGCAGGUGGAGCGUACUAUCUUGGCCUGGAGGGGGCGAUAAUCGGCCCCAUCCUCCUCUGCAUCCUGGUGGUGGCAGCAAACAUCUACAGCGCCAUGCUGAUGAGUCCCAGCUCUGCACUCCCCACACCAGUCCAGCCGAACUGGCCCACACACCCCAUGAGUACCUUUGCAGAGUCCACUCCCUCUGUGCUGAAGACGACCUCUGACUCAAAGUGAGGGUGUGUAUCCCUGCAGAACGUCACACGGGUCAGGGACUCGCUUCCCGCCUGGCAGCCUCCAGAAGCUCGACCCGGACCAAGAAGAAGAAGAGGAGGAGACGCUGCGAUUGCCGGUGCUGUCCCAGAGCGUCCCAGAGCCAGCAGGCAUCCUGAUCCCAAAUCCAGAGCAACGCCAGCACUCUGCGUUUCCGAUGAGAAGUCAAUUUCCAUCACCUUUCAGAACUCAGUGCCUAAUUUAUUUUGUAAUAUUGAAC